AUUUAACAAGUGAAAUCUGUUUUCUUCUUGCAGCUAUUUAAGCAUUCCCAUGGCUCGCCCUAUGGAUUCUGUGAAGGAAAUCAAUGAGUCGAAGGAUUUGUGGAAGAUUGCAGUUAAUUGUAAGCAUAUAUGGUCUGUAACAAGUUCUUCAAACAAAGAACACAUAGAAAUGGUUUUAGUUGAUUCGAAGCGUGAUAUGAUUCAGGCGAUUGUCCCUACUUAUUUGGUUUCCAAAUUCAAGUCCGAACUAUCAGCGGCAUGUUCUUAUAUCAUGCAAAAUUUCAAAGUUUCGAAAAAUGACUUCUCUUUUAAGUCGACGAAUCAUUCAUACAAAUUGGUUUUAUGUGGCUCAACUUCUGUUAAGAAAACAGACCUUCCUGGCAUUCCUGCUUAUUACCUUAACCUUAUUGGAUUGGAUGCCAUAGUUAAAGGAAGGUUUCAGUCUAAUGUUUUGGUUGGUACGCUAAGUAACAUUGACUGGAAAUCUGUUGUACAGUGGACGCUUUGGGGUCAACUCGCGGUACAGCUUUAUGAAUAUUCUAAAAAUUAUAAGGAAGAUUCCAAUAUUGUGAUUGUAUUAAUCAAUGCAAGGGUUAAAGAGUCUCAAGGUAUUUCUGAGGUUAUUCAUUAUGUGGAGCAAUUUUCCGUAAACCAUAAUCUGCUACAUAAGGGCUAUAAGUGUUCUUCUCCAAAUUUGCUUACUAAGAACAAAAAGGGUUUCUUCUGCAAAAUGUCAACCGAGUCACUGUCGAGUGCUAUUGAUUCCUCUUUAUUCAAGCAGUGGUUGCAUAACUUGCAGACAGAGAAUGAUAUGCAGUUAACAGACGCUGAGUUGAAAAACUUGACACUCAUUGAGAUUGAGAAUAUGUUGCAGUCCAAUCGAAGAAGUUUGCAUGAAUUUAAGGAUAUGCCUUACCCUGAUUCUUAUGUCACACGACACGUUGGCAAUAGACUGAUUUAUGACGAACGUGAUUAUAAUGCCGAUACUGAGCGAGAAAACUUCAACAAUCUCUUUCGUGCCCUUACAGAUGAGCAGCGUUCAAUCUUCCACACAAUAAUGAAAGCUGUCAGGAAACAAAAAGGAGGGGUGUUUUUUUUACAUGGUUAUGGAGGGACCGGUAAAACUUUCAUGUGGAGAACACUAUCAAGUGCACUUUGUUCGAAGAAAAAAAUUGUUCUUACUGUUGCUUCAAGUGGCAUAGCUUCAUUAUUAUUGUCAGGCGGAAGAACUGCUCAUUCGAAGUUCAAAAUACCUGUGCCAACACUUGACAACUCUACUUGCAAUGUUGACAAAAACACUGAACAUUCACAGUUAUUUGAGGAAACCGAUGUCAUAAUAUGGGAUGAAGCACCGAUGGCUCAUAAAAAUUGCUUUGAGGCAUUGGAUAAAACACUUAAAGAUGUCAUGAGCAAAAAGGGUCUUGGCAAUAAAAUCUUUGGUGGCAAAGUAGUUGUGUUUGGAGGAGAUUUCAGGCAGAUUCUUCCAGUUGUUCCAAGAGCAGGACGUUCUGAUAUUGUUCAUGCAUCAAUAUGCUCCUCUUAUAUUUGGGACUAUUGUCAGGUCCUAACACUAACAAAAAACAUGAGACUUCAGCAAGGAAGAGAUGGUACAAGUUCUACCGAAAUAGCAGAGUUCUCAAAAUGGAUCUUAAAUGUUGGGGAUGGUAAGAUUUCUGAACCAAAUGAUGGAUUGGUUGACAUAGAGAUUCCUCCAGAACUAUUAAUUACCAAUUUUGAGGAUCCUAUCAAAGCUAUUGUUGAAAGCACAUAUCCCAAUUUGGUUCAUGUAUUCCAAGAUGUUGCAUAUCUACAAGGAAAAGCGAUUCUUGCCUCAACCAUUGAAGUUGUGGAUAAAAUCAAUCAUUAUGUAUUGGAUCUUAUACCAGAAGAGAAAGAGUAUCUUAGUUACGACUCAAUUGAUAGAACUGAUACGAGUUAUACUGAAGCUUAUGAAGUUCUAACUCCAGAAUUUCUUAGCAAACUAAGAACAUCAGGACUACCAAAUCAUAGGAUCGAGUUGAAAGUUGGUACCCCUAUUAUGCUGAUGAGAAAUUUGGACCAAAGUGACGGAUUGUGCAAUGGAACAAGAUUAAUUGUUACAAGAUUAGCAAAUCAUGUCAUUGAGGCAAAAAUCAUGUCUGGAAAGAACAUAGGUAACAUUUUUUACAUUCCUCGAAUGUCUAUGUCACCUUCUGAGUCGCCGUGGCCAUUCAAGUUGAUUAGGAGACAAUUCCCGAUAAUUGUCUCUUACGCAAUGACAAUUAAUAAACCACAAGGUCAAUCACUUGAUAGUGUCGGGUUAUAUUUGCCUUCUCCUGUUUUCAGUCAUGGACAAUUGUAUGUUGCAAUUUCAAGAGUUACUACCAAAAGUGGUCUUAAAAUUUUAAUACACGACAAGGAGAAAGUCCCGUGCUCGACCACUACAAAUGUUGUAUACAAAGAAGUUUUCCAAUCACUUUGUUAG